UAUAUUACUGGAUGUGCAUCUGAAGAAGCAUUUGGCUAAACAAACAAUUUUUGCCAUAUUUUAUUGAUAUUUAAUAAAUACCUUCCAUAAGCAGCUCGACAAUCGGUGAAAGUUGGAAGCCCUAACUAAAUGUUAUUAUCCCUAUUAAGCGCAACUAAAAAUUACUGCCAGUCUAAAUGGGCAUAUUACGCAGUUUGGCUCAAAUUGUUCUUGAAAUUUGAUGCAACCAAAGCGCAUUAUUCGAUCGGAAUUUCACGGUAGCCGUAAUUUAAAAUGCCGAAGAAUUUAAAGUUCAAGAAUCCAUUUCGCAAACAUGGAGAUUUUGCAAAACCGGAGAUGUCGCGAUCUUUAUCUACUGUCCAAGUAGUCAUCCGGACUUUUCGCCAGAUUUCUUUUGGGCGCGACAUUGACGAGCUUUCAGAAGUGGAGGAAUACGUGGAUGAGUUUGAACAUCUGAAAAUUCGUGACUUAAAGCAGUUCUCCAUCGGCAUUGUUUUUAUUUGCGCCAUUUCUACGUGCAAUGCUAUGUUGAAUAAUGUUGUAAAAAAUACAUCUACGGAUGUUUUCUUCUCCCCGGCAUUUGUUGUAUGGCAUCGAGCCUGUUACCGGAUGCUCACGUUUCCAACAUACCUGAUGCUUAAAUGGCUUUUCGAACGAAUUGUAAAACGCUCUGAUCCUCCAGUGACAUUCAAACAUCUAAUUCUAGACGCGGUAAAAUUCUACGGGGAGCGAAAAGUUUCAUUUAGCCGAUGGUGUAAAGAUCUGUUAAUCCUAACAGUUCUGACGGUGAUAACCCAGUACGCUAACUGGGCGCCGCUGUACCGAUCAAUUUCCACCGGCACAUUGGCUGCUCUGCAGUCCUCCAACAUAGUUUUCGUAUUCCUUUUAUCGGCGGCAUUCCUGAAACUGGAAAUUGUCAACGCAAAAAUUUUUGGAGUUGUAUUCGCCAUAAUUGGGCUGGGAAUAUUGCUCCUUCUGGAAAUUACCUCCAAUCCAAAAUGGGCAUCUUCAACCGCAGUUAUCUGGGGUGCAAUAUCUACAGCUGUAUAUCAAGUGACCUUUAGGAUUCGUGUUGGAGGCACGACAAACCUUGGACGCAUCAGUUUUUCGGUUUCGUUAUUAGGCAUGCUAACGGCGAUGGCAACGUGGCCUCUGGUGCUAGUUUUAAAAUAUACCAAAGUAGAAGAAUGGGAAUACCAUAACCUUCCGUGGGAAAUGCUCAUGCGAACAUCCGCCGCGGCUUGGGCUUUGGCAUUUUUGAUCAACCUGGGUGUUGCAUGGACGAAUCCAUUUUUUACUUCCCUGGGAUUCCUUAUGGUGGUACCAAUGACUUAUGUGUUCGACUAUUUCUGGAAUCAACGUACAACCUGGGCGAUUGAUUUUGUUGGAUCGGGUUUAAUUGCCACAGGAUUCAUUUUACUAGUUUUUGCCGAUGUCCUAACCUGGGAUCACUUCAAACAAGAGUGGCGUAACUUCCGAGGUAAUCUGCAACUCUGCCAGAACUAUACCGGCAGAAAGGUCAACGCCCAUGUGGAAAAAAGUGUCAAACUGGAAGACACUACGGCCACUGCUCAACUGAAGCUCAUGGGCAUUACGGUCAGAAACGUCGAAGAGCUCAAACUGCCUGCAGCCUCUGUGGCCAGAUCGGGAUCAUUUCGUCCAGUGGACACGACGUAGUUACUUUCAAGCUAGGGUGGAUAAAAUCAUCAUUUUUUGGUUUUUGUCGUAGAAAUCCGUUUUCUAUAUGGCUGUGUACAUAUACUGAUGGUGAUGCCGGUAUUACAGCAAAGUAAAUGCACUGUUGCGGGUAGCAGUUUGACUCAGAAAAAAACUAGGCGUUAUUAUAAAGUUUGAAACUUCGUGAUAUUGU